UAUCUAGCAUACUGCAACGGAAGGUAAACUGGGCUACAGCGAAGCAUCGGACUCGAGCAUAGCAGGAAGCUCGCAUAUCACGCGAGGGAAGGCGGACACUCGCUACGCGACACCUGCGGAUUACAAGCUAAUGUUCCCGAGAGCUGGAGUCACGGGAUGUUUGAGGGCAAACAUAUCCACUUUUCGGAGGUGGACCACAAGCCUCUGUGUUCAUACAGUCCCAAGCUCUGUAAGCAGAGACGACUCAACGGCUACGCCUUCUGCAUACGGCACGUUCUAGAGGACAGGAGCGCGCCUUUUCGGCAGUGCGAGUAUGUGGCCAAAUACAACAGCCAGCGCUGCACAAACCCCAUUCCCAAGGCACAGGACCGCAAGUACUGUAACAGUCAUCUACAGGUUAUGGGUGUUCUUCCCAAGAAGGAGAGGAAAAAGAGACAAGAUGCUCUGGAAACCUUGGCUCUUAACAUCACCGUUCCCUCUCUUGCCCUGAAGAACCCCAAUGGGGUGGACCGCCUGUCCUCCUCUCCACUCCCCUCCCUGGCCUGUCUUCUCCCCCUGGACCCGUUCGCCUUCUGCAAGGUGGAGAAAGAGGGCGGGACGUUCCGGAAGAAACCUCAGAGCCGCUUGGGGCCGAACCCCAAGCAGAAGCACAAGGAUCCACAGAUGUUCGCAGAACUUGCCAAACCCUCCCCUCUGUCCCCCCCCGCCCCAAAGCACUCUCAUCUUUCCCCUUCAUCUCGUCAGGUGGGUCCUUCCCAGUCCCUCGUUGCCAAAAACUCUCCCGCGGCCCCCGCCUCGCCCCACGCAGCACUCCAGCGAAGUUCAUUAUGCAAAACAGGUUUACCUCAAACCAGUGGUCAGACCGUUAGCGGACCAACUGCCACCAACCACAAGACAGACCCGUGUUAUAAACCCAGCCUUGACAGAAGGGCUGCCCCCGUUGUCUCGCAUGUGCCAUCCAGCAGUGUCACCACCCAGGUGGUACCCUCAGCGGCCCCCCCGUUACCCCGCAGUGCGACGCCUCUCCAGAGACUGAUGGACCAGCAUUCAAGAAGACACAAAGACCUCAGUCCCCAUUUAGGGUUGGACUGGUCGGAGGACAGUGCAGAAGAUGAUGAGGAAGAAGUGGGUAGACUGGCAUCAUAUCAGUAUCAAAGACUUCAGAGAAAACAUUCUCAGGAAAGUGCCGAGGGUUCCCGUGGCCGUGGCGACCGUUUGGCGAAUCUCUCCUCGUACCUGAGGCAGAAGCACAAGCACCUGUGCCGAGAGGAGAGAGCCUUCAGACGGGAGAGGAGAUCCCAAGACACCCUCCGAAAAGCGCUGCUGCAGGCCGCGAAACACGACCCCCUCCAAACCGCGCACCUUAUUCAGAGUCAGCACGACGCUCCCCCCUCAGUCUCCAGGUUGAAAAGGCCGCUGGACUCGGACUCGGACUCGGGGUUCUGCUCGGCCGUCGUUAAGGAGGAGACCUGCGGUAACCGGGCUCUGCCGUUUACGCGCCAUUGCUUCCAACAUAUCUUACAGAACCGCUCCCAGCAGCUCUUCUCCAGCUGCACGGCGCGUUUCGCGGACGGAGCGCAGUGUUCGGUGCCCGUCUUCGACAUCACGCACCAGACGCCACUCUGUGACGAACACGCCAAAAAGAUGGACAACUUCCUGCGUGGAGAUGUCAGUCGUAAAACAUACCACCAUCACCAGCAGCAGCAACGUAAGCCCCUGAAGAAGACCAAGCCCUCUGUUCUCACCAAGAAACACAAGAAAGGCAAGAGAGGCCCGGGGCGGCGGCCUCAGAAGCCAAUCCCCCCAGCACUGCCCCAGGGGAACCUGGUAAUGCCCCCUCUGCCCAUGCAGACCUCUGGCCUUAGAAGUCCGCUGACACCAGACCUCAGCGCCGACGAAUUUCCUGAUGACAUUGCCAACGACAUCAGUGACAUUCCGCAAGACCUGGAGCUGAACCAGGAGGAUUUCUCGGACGUUCUUCCACGGCUACCCGAUGAUCUCCAGGACUUUGAUCUAUUUGGAGGUAAGAGCAACGAAUUGCUACCCACGUCGGAGGAGGCUGAAGAACUGGUGCGUGUGCUUCAGGCUAUGGGCUCCUACCCAGAAUCCCUCGUGUGCCUGAGCAGCAUGGGCGAGUUGGAGCCAGCAGAGGGCGCCGAGUGCCGCGCCAUGGUGGGAGGCAUGGUGGACCUGCUGAGCGCGAGACUGUCGGCGGACAGCUUAUCUGCUCUGGAGCUAGACCCCGGCCUGCUACCGCAUUCCGAGGUUGACUACCCCCCCUCGCCCCUGUCCCCUCAGCCCCCCCUCACGCCCCCGUCUUCGGUGCCCGCCAGCACCGCGGCCAACUUGAGCCAUCUGACGGACGGCACGUUUCCACAGAGACACGCCCCCCACCUCUCCGCCAAGGCGGACGCCUCCAGAGGAGAUCUGGUGGGAGAUUUGCCUCCUCUGGGGAGGGAGGAGGACUCUCUUCAUGGGUCUUGGGGCAUGCUGCCCCUGCCUCUGACCGACUCGCCUCACUUCCACAGCCUGGUGGGACCGGAGAUCCUGUUGACGUCCACCUCUCUCUCCACGCCCCCCGUCCCCUUGGCGACGGCCCCCUGCCAGCCCACCGCCGACCACUCGGCCCUGCCCCAAAGCAGCCUGACUAUUCCGGUCACUUCCGCCACCUCCUCGCCUCCUCAGGACCUCUUCAGCUCCGGUCUACCUAAACACCCCCUCCCGCCACCGAUGGUCAACCACUGUGGGAUCCCGGCAGACCUACAACCGCAUCACAGCUUGCCUGCGCCCCCUAUGGACCAAGGCUGA